CGCGCGGUGAUGGCGCUGAGCGGGGUCGUGAGGGCGGCGCGGGGCAGGUGGGCGCGUCCCCUGAGCUGCGCGGUGACACCUGCGGGGACAGGUGACGUCAGAGGUGCCACAGGUGUCAGAGUUUACACGGGUCACACGGGUGUCAGAGGUCACACGGGUCACACAGGUGUCACAGGUGUCAGAGGUCAUACAGGUCACACAGGUGACAGAGGUGUCAGAGGUUACACAGGUGCCCCAGGUGUUCCAGGUGUCAGAGGUCACACAGGUGUCCUAGGUGACAGAGGUGUCGCAGGUGUCCCAGGUGACACAGGUGACAGAGGUCACACAGGUGUGCGAGGUCACACAGGUGUCCCAGGUAUUCCAGAUGACAGAGGUGUCUCAGGGGGCCCAGGUGCCCCAGGUCACACAGGUGACAAAGGUCACACAGGUGCCCCAGGUGUUGCCCCAGGUGACAGAGGUCACACAGAUGACACAGGUGACAGAGAUGUCAGAGGUCACACAGGUGCCCCAGGUGACAGAGGUGCCCCAGGUGACAGAUGUGCUCCAGGUGCCCCAGGUCACACAGGUGCCCCAGGUGACACAGGUCACACAGGUGCCCCAGCUGUCGCCCCAGGCGCCACCCCAGGUGUCCCAGGUGCCACCCCAGGUGCCACCCCAGGUGCCACCAUCUUCGCGCUGUCGUCGGCGCCGGGGCGCUGCGGCGUGGCCGUGAUCCGGGCCAGCGGCCCCGGCAGCUUCGGGGCGCUGCAGAGCCUGGCGGGGACCCCCGGGGUGCCCCCCCCGAGGGUCCUGGCCCUGCGCAGCAUCCGGGACCCCCGCACCGGAGAGACCCUGGACAGGGGGCUGGUGGUCUGGUUCCCAGGACCCCACAGCUUCACCGGGGAGGAUUGUGCUGAGCUGCACGUGCACGGGGGGCCCGCCGUGGUCAGCGGGGUGCUGGGGGCGCUGGGCCGUUUGCCCGGGCUCCGUCCGGCCGAGCCGGGCGAGUUCUCCCUCCGUGCGUUCCGCCGGGGCAAGCUGGACCUGACGGCGGCCGAGGGGCUGCGGGACCUGCUGGGGGCGGAGACGGAGGCGCAGCGGCGCCAGGCCCUGCGGCAGCUGCGGGGCGAGCUGGGCCAGCUCUACGGCGCCUGGAGCCGCGUCCUCACGCAGGCGCUGGCGCACAUCGAGGCGUUCAUCGACUUCAGCGAGGAUGACGGUGUGGGGGAGCAGGUGCUGUCCCAAGUGUCGGGCUCGGUGCGGGCUCUGGAGCGGGAGAUCCGCGCCCACCUGCGGGACGGGCGGCGCGGGGAGCGGCUGCGGGCGGGGGUGCGCGCCGUCAUCGCCGGGCCCCCCAACGCGGGCAAGAGCAGCCUGUUCAACCUGCUGUGCCGCCGCCCGGCCGCCAUCGUGUCCCCCCUGGCGGGCACCACGCGGGACGUGCUGGAGGUGCCGCUGGACAUCGGGGGGUUCCCGCUGCUGCUCAGCGACACCGCGGGGCUGCGGGCGGCCAGAGACCCCCUGGAGCGGGAGGGGGUGACCCGGGCCCGGGACCGGCUGUGCCAGGCUGACCUGGUGCUGGCAGUGCUCGAUGCCACCUCGGUGUCGCCCACCCCGGGGGCCCUGGGCGCCGCCCUGGCCGCGCUGGCGCCGCCCCCCGGCACCCCCUGCGUGCUGGUGCUCAACAAGGCCGACCUGCUGGGGGGGGGGCGGGCCGUGUCCCCCCGUGCCACCCGCGCCCGGGGCCACCCUGUCACCCUCCUGUCCUGCAAGACGGGCGAGGGGCUGGGGGCGCUGCUGGAGCUGCUGGAGCAGCAGCUGGCGCAGCUCUGCGGGAAUCCCCUUCUGGGCUCUCCCAGCCUGACCCAGAGCCGGCACAGCCGCCACCUGGGGGCGUGCGCGGCGGCGCUGUCGCGAUUCGGCGACAUCAUCGGCGACACCGGCGACACGGGGGACCUGGCGGUGGCCGCCGAGCAGCUGCGGGUGGCCCGGCGGGAGCUGGGCAGGAUCACGGGGCACGUGGGUGCCAACGACAUCCUGGAUGUGAUUUUUCGGGAUUUUUGUGUCGGGAAGUGAUGAAAUAUUCGGUGGUGUCACCUCGGUGGGGGUUGUGUUUGUCACGGGGUUGGAAAUGUGAGGGGGAAAUUCUGGGAAGUUCCUGAAUUAAAAAAUAAUAAUAAAAAAAAGGGCCAGAAACUCUGGGAGGUCCCUGAAUUAAAAAAAAAUAAU